AUGUCUAAAACGGUCCUGAUCACCGGUUGCAGCAAUGGAGGACUGGGGGCGGCAAUGGCAAUGGUCUACCAUGCCAAAGGCUUUCGGGUCUUCGCGACAAUACGCAACAAGGCCAAGGCUGGGUCCCUAGGUGAAAUAGAUGGGAUAGAGAUUAUCGAACUCGAAGUCACGUCAGUUGAAUCCAUCCGUCAAUGUGCGGAUGCCGUUGCGAAACGCACGGGAGGGACACUCGAUAUCCUCGUCAACAAUGCUGGCGUCAAUGCCAUAGUACCGCUUCUGGACGCAUCCCUCGACGACGCGAAGGGGGUAUACGACGCAAACGUCUGGAGCGUUGUUGCAAUGGCGCAGGCAUUCACGCCAAUGCUUAUCAAAGCCAAAGGGGUCAUGUGCAACAUUAGUUCGGUAUCUAGCGAGAUGGUUUUUGCAUGGGCGGGUGUAUAUAGUAGCUCCAGGUGUGCUGGAACGAGGAUUUCCGAGACGUUACGUCUCGAGCUGGCACCUCUUGGAGUGCGAGUUGUCACAGUCAUCCUCGGUGGUGUCCAGACAAGUGGAAACGACCCAUCCAAUAUCGCGGACAUUGAGCUACCCCCGAAAUCAUACUACCAGAAGAUAACCGCGGUGAUAGACCGCCACAAGAAGACUAUAGUACACCCCAACAAACAGAAUAUCGACGUAGCAGCCAAAAACGUGGUCGACGACGUUCUUAGCGGUCGUGGGCCUUUCGUUCGACGUGGGCAAGCUUCUACUCUUAGUUGGCUCUUCAACACAUUUAUUCCCUACGGACUUUUCAUUUUUCUAAUCAACCGAGAUUCAGCUCUCGAUCAAAUUGGUUUUCCGAGGUAA